CGCAAUGGAACCGCCCCUCUGUGACAUCAGCCCGGCCUGGUGGCACCGUGGGCACUGCCAGGGCCGUGGGUGGCACCAGAGGUGACAGCUCUGCUCCGCCUCUGCCACCUGCGCUGGCAGCGAUGGCUUUGCUGAGGCUGCUCGUCCUGCUGGCCCUCGUUGGGUCCGUGUGGGCCACCUGGGACACCUGCAGAGGCACCUGUGGGCUCUGGCCCAUGGUGUUGAACGAGAGCUCCGCCAUCCCCGAGUUCGGCUCCUCGCGCUCUGCCAAGGCCACCAGCCUGGAUGUCAACGCGGGGGCCUGGCCUGGCAUCGCCAGCAUCCAGGUCACCCGGGACAACGGCACGUGGCACAUGUGCUCGGGGGCACUCGUCAGCCACCGCUGGGUCCUCACGGCCGCCAGCUGCUUCAGCGGGGCUAGGUAA